AUGUCUGCGCCUUCAGCAUCAGGUUCCAUUGUGCCCGCUCAACUCGGUUUUCUUACUAUCUUCAACCCCACGCUUGGCAAUACCGACGAGACCAUCGAGGACCAGAUUGUUUACUAUGCCUCCGUUACCACUCAAGCCGCGCAGAAUAAGCGCCGGCGCACUCGUGGUCAACCCACCCAAAACAUUUCUCCUGAGGAACGCAAUGAGCGUUUGCGACAGAUUGGUCUUGCCCAGGGCAUGGCCAGCUUCAGUCGCGGUUUUGCGAGCGGUUCGACAGUAGACACUAUCGACACUGAAAAGUCCCGGGUUAUACUUCAUGAGCUUGAACCAGGAUGGUGGAUUCUUGCAAGCAUCGACUUGACCAAGCUACCACUCCCUCCCCGGCUCGCUACGAAGAAGACUGAGGUCGCCGAAGAACGAUAUGAAUACUCUAGUCGCGAGAUGAAACCUGCGAGUCUCUUGCUGCGCGAUCUCCUACGGGCCCAUAGCAUCUUCCUCAUGCAUCAUGACUCUUCGUUGAGCGCCCUCUUUGUCCGCAAUAGGCGAACCAAGUUCAUCACAAUACUGAGCCGCUACUGGGACCUGUAUCUUUCAACAUGGAACGUCAUGAUGCAUGGGAACCCAGCUCGCGAUAUCUUUGGUGGCAUUCCUAUUGCUUCCUGCGGCGAGCUGGGGGUUGGUGUAGGAGAGGAAGACCGUGGUAGUGGCGAACGAGCCGUACUAGAGGGACUAGUUGGGAGAAUAGAAGGACUUGUUGACCUGGUUGUGUCUAAAUUCGGAGAUUACAAUCUUGAGUCACCACCUCCGAAUGAUUCCAACGGUGAUCCUGAACAAUGGCUUGGCACAGGGAGAGAACCAGGUCCUGAUGACGGUGCCAUCUUCUUGGGAACAGGUGCUUUGUCCAGAAAAUCACUGAGAGAUAUGACGCAUUGGAUGGAGGAUUUGUAUACCUGGGGAGAUCACGCUUACGGAAUCAUCGAGAGCCCAACAUCCGUUCGACGUGCAAAGAGAAAGAGAGCAGCUGAUCGUGCUGCUCAACAAGCUGCUCAAGAUCAAACGCAAGCAUCAGCUGACGAACCCGCCAAAGAACCGGAAGCGCAGGCGGCCGCUGGCGAUUCUGGCAAAGACCAGUCACAAGAACAAGCGCCUGAAGAUGGCAGGCUGGAUAAGAUGGUCAGCUAUCUUAAAUUGGGAUAUGGUACUUACUGGUCUUUGCCAGGAAGUGUUACUGCUAGUGGUGAUUCUUCUCCGAAUCAACCACAAGACAUUAAGCAGGAUUCUAAGCCUGUCCAAGACACUCCAAAAGUAACUCGGCCAAACUUGGCGGGUCGUACACCUUCAUACGAAGCUGCUGGUCAUUACCUUAUCGGCCUCAAGGGUGAAAUAGAUCAGGAUUAUAGCGGAUCCGACAGCGCAAGCUCUGACGAUGCUGCUGAUGGGGAACACAACUCCCGUACGGUCUUGCGAACCGUCAACGUCGAGCUUGAGAGCGAGGCCCUGGAUAGGCCAGAGGCCAUAACGGUGCGUGACUUUGAGCAUCCGGCCAGUGCUCUUACGCAAUCACAAGUGGUUGGAAACAUGAUACCUGGAUACGAUUCACACGACCUCAACAAGGCCAAGAAGUUGCGCGUUGUUGUCUAUGUCAACAGACCAUUUGUGUUCACCUUUUUGUUCAAUCUACGAACCGACUCCCUCGCCAUGGAAUCCUUAUACCGCUCCCUGCAUCACCAACUGGCUCCUCUUCGCAAACCUCUUCUCCUCUCAACGAGGUAUCGUCCCGAGCGACCUGGUCUCGACAAUGGUUCGAGCAGCAGCAGCAACUCGAGUAACACUAUUUAUGACCUUGUCUGGGAUCCUGUCUCUUUGACAGUUCACUCAUCUUUACCUAACAUCCCAGACGCUUAUGAUGAUUCGGAUCCUUGGACUCGAGCUGAUGCCCUCAAUACUCAUCUCCACCUUGUAAAUCUCUAUAUCAGUACUCGAUCCCGCUCGACUGCCCUUGAGCGCACUGAAAAGUCAAGCCGUGGGUGGUGGAUCGUCUGGACACGUUUGCUUGACCGUCAGGAGGAUGCUACAAGUAACAACCUCUCAACCAUCCAAGAAGGUGGAGCUGAUGCGGACACGGAACACGACGCUGCUCUCGAAGAAGAGGAGAGGAAGUAUUCUGGUCCUGACUCCCGCCACCCGGAUGUUGCCAAGGAAAUCUUCCUCAUCCGUCGUGCAAGUGACCAUGUCGGCUUCCGUACUGAGAACGCCGAUGGCGCAGGCAAGCUCGCUCAAGGCAUCGGUGUUGAUACACGCCGCUAUGUGGAGGAGCUGUUGAACCUACUAUAG